GGUCUCAAUCAGCACCGCAGAAUUUCAAUCAUGUCUUAUUAUAGCUUUGUAGAAAUUGGUAAAUUCUCCCAAUUUAGAUUGAGUGAGGGAGCUUAGCUUCAAAUCUUCUAUGUUAUUGCCAUUUCUUUCAAAAAGCGAAUAAGCACCCAGAAAGAAUAGUUUCUUCUUCUUCUUCUUGGAUGCAAGAACAGCUCCAAGGAGAAGAUGAAUGCUCAUUACUGUCAAACAAAUCAUCAUCGAAGUCUUUCCAAACAAUUCUCAAGAAAUUUCAUACCAGUUAGCCACAAAAAAGCCAUUGGGUCUUCAAGAAAAGUUGGAAACAAAGGGCAGAAUUACCCCAUGAAAUGUUGCAGCUCUUCAAUCUCACAGCCACCAUUACAGCAAGCAGGAGAAGAGGUGGAGCUGAAGCUUCAUCAUCUCCACAAAGAAAAUUUUGGGUUUUUGGUGAGAGAUGAGUAUGGAUGGCAGGUGAGAAGAAUGGGUGACAGUGAGGAUGAGAUGAAGAAAGUGGCUAGAGUUCAAGCUGAAGCAUUUCAUGAACCAGUCUUGCUCUUCAAUGAUUUGUUCUUUGAAUUUUUCCAGGCUGAAGUGCUUGCUGGACUUAUUCAUAGAGUGAGGAACUCUCCACCAGACAGGUAUGCAUGUUUGGUGGCGGAGGCAUCGAAGGAAGGCAGUGAGUUUAAGGAAGUGGUUGGGGUAGUUGAUGCAACUGUGUAUAGAGACAAUGAUGUUCUCCGACACCUCCCAGCUGAUGCAGAUGAAUAUCUCUACAUUUCUGGGAUUGCCGUCUUGCACAAAUUCAGGAGGCAAAAGGUAGCAACGGCCUUGCUAAAAGCAUGUGAGAUGGUAGCUAAUCUAUGGGAGUUGGAGUAUCUUGUGUUGAGGGCUUAUGAGGAUGACUGGGGAGCUCGGAAGCUAUAUAGUAAUGCAGGAUACAGAGUUGUGUCAACAGACCCUCCAUGGACCUCCUCUUGGAUUGGUCGAAGAAGACGAGUCCUCAUGAUCAAAACCCCCAAACAUCAUCUUUAUACAAAAUAUUAGAAUCACAAAAAAAAGAAAAAUAUUUGAUACACCAUCAGUAUAUAAACAUGUUAAUCGAGAUAUGGUUCUAGCUAGGUAUGAUAUGAUCCUUGUACUGAGCAGGUUUAAGUCAUAACAAGUCGAGUUGUGUCAAGCUUGUGGGCUUGCGGUUUACCGUUUAUUCUAUGAUUAAUUCUUUUCAGUCCUCUAAUUCAGAACUUAA